AUGAACCCUCAAUGUCUGUUCAGCACUCACGAAACGCUGCUUACAACGUUCACUCUAUCAAGAAAUCUUCAGUACUUAGUAGAGGAUAUUUCUCAGAGUUGCUUUGAUACCCUGGCUGGCUUCGAGACGCUCGAUCCUCUUACUGAGAUGCCCACACCUGCGUGUCUCUUCACAGAGCUGCAAUCACACCAAAAACAGGCACUCACCUUUUUCAUGAGGCCCAAACAAGGACCACACCCAAUCGAGGAUAGUGUUGGGCUAUGGGCGCGACAGCUGGAUGGGCGAGGCUUCAAGAACAUCAUCACAAACCAAACUCAGCUGGAACCGGGACCUUUAUGGAGAGGCGGUCUUCUUGCAGAUGAGAUGGGUCUUGGAAAGACUCUCAGCAUAUUUUCACUAAUCGUAUCUGAUCAUACCAACGACGAACAGCAACCAUACCAAGCACAACGCACUCCUGCAAGAGAGCCUUGCUCCAUGCUUGUUGUACUGCCAUUAAAUAUCAUAUCAGUUUGGGCAUCCCAGCUUGACAGUCACGUUCGUCCCGGAAAACUGACGCACUUUGUUCAUCAUGGCAAGAACAAGCUACGGCUGACUGAUGCAUACAUAAUUCGAAAUCAUAAGACAUCAACCGCGCAAGCAAUAGCAGCUCUGAGAGCCAAGUGCAGAUGGGCCGUCUCUGGCACCCCAGUCCAGAAUGGUCUAUCCGACUUUCUUGGUCUGUCCAAGUUUCUUGACUUCACCCCCUACGACGAUCCUCGUGGCGUCGUCAGGGUAUAG